CCGGCCGCGGGGCCGCCGGGAGCCCGGAGCCGCGGGCCCGGAACCGCCAUGGCCUGCACCGGCAGUGGGCCCUCGCUGGAAACCAUCCAGGCGGAUGGGAUGGACGGGAACUGCGUCACAUUCGUGCUGCACGACGAGGAUCACACCCUGGGCAACUCCCUGCGCUACAUGGUCAUGAAGAACCCUGACGUGGAGUUCUGUGGCUACUGCAUCACACACCCCUCGGAAAGCAAGAUCAACUUCAGGAUCCAGACCAGAGGGGCCCUUCCUGCUGUGGAGCCAUUCCGGAAAGGGCUGAAUGACCUGAUGGGUGUAUGCCAACAUGUGCUCAACACCUUUGAGAGGAGCAUGAAGGAGUUCAGGGCACAGAAGGAGGAGGAGAUGCAGUAGCCUUUGGGAAUGGCAUGGAUGUGUAACCUCUGUGUGUUGAAUUCCCAGUGUCCAAACGAGGUCAUUUUUGUUGUUGGUUUUUUUUAUGACUUUGCUGCAAAAUGUAUUUUCUUUAAUAAUAAAAUUUAUUAAUUUA